AUGUCAGUACUAAACGCUCUUGUUCAAAAUGUCGGAUCAUCCAUCCCUGGUUAUGGUGAUUCGCCGAAACAGGCUAGUCCAAUAUUAAUUGAUACUACGGCUAGUGGUCAAACCCAAUCAGGUUCUCAUUCAGCUACGGUUCAUACAAUAACAUGUGAUGAUGUUAAAGUGAAAUCUGUUGUUAGUACAGAAAUACAAUCGAAAAUAAAUAUGGAAAGCCAACAAAAAAUUGCAUCAUUAAUGUCAAAAUUGGGCUCAACGCAUUCACAAAUCGAUGAAUAUUCGAGACGACGAACAGAGGAGAUAAGUGAUGCUGUUCAACAAUCAAUCGGAAAAAUUGUUGCUGAAACACAAGCACAACAAGUAACAUUAUUACAAGAUGCUAAUGUUCGUUCACUUGGAAUUGAAGAAGAACAUAAGUUAAAGUUACAAGUUUAUGUUGAAAAAUUAGAUGCCGAUAAAGCACAAUUGUUAGCACAAUUAGAAAAAGAAUUAAAUUUACGACAAGAACAAAUAUUAGAAAAUGCACGAAAGCGUAUUGAUGAUUUAAAUGAAGAAGCAAAUCGAUUAAAAAUGAAUGUGUUGAGAGAAGCUCAAGUAGUUGGUAAUGUUAAAAUAGAAAAAAUUACAGAUCAAGUUGCUGCAUUGGCUGCCGAUGAUGCAUCACGUCGUAUGCAAUCAACAACAACAACCGUCAUAACGACACAAGCGAAAGCAGUUGGUGGUCAUUCGGCACACGUGGAAACAGUUGAUAUAUGA